AUGAGAGGGGACUGGGAGGUGACUAUGACUCAUAAGAGCAUCUGUGCUGUGACUGGAUCAUCAGUGGUCAUGCCCUGCUCCUUCACUCAUCCUCCUGAUCUCAAAGUCACUAAAGUCUACUGGCUGAUUGACCCUAAGGAAGGAAAGGAAGCCUCUGACCUCAAUUCAACCACAUCUUACAAAGAUCGUGUGCAGUACUUCUGGAACAAUGACAACAACUGCUCAAUGAAACUGAGCAAUGUGAAAAAGACAGACAAAGCAAAGUAUCAUGCAAGGAUUGAGACAAAUGAAAAAAAAGGAAAAUGGCAAAGCAAAUCUGCAGUUCAGUUGUCAGUCACAGAUCUCACAGUCAGGAUCCCUAAACCAGUCCUUGAGGGAAAUGAGGUGACAUUGUCCUGUACGGCCACCUGCAGUAAUGAAGAAACUCCUCAUGUGAUAUGGAGGAAGGAUGGACAAGAGUUACCCGGUGAACAAACAACCAACCAUCAACUCAAGCUCAUGGAUGUCAGUCCUGACGAUGAAGGCAACUAUUCUUGUGCAUUAAAAGACCACGGUGAACAUCCAUCUAAACCAGUGAAGCUCAAUGUCAUGUUCUCUCCCAAGAACAUUGCACUUUCUGUCAGGCCAACUGUUAUACUCAUGGGAGGUUCAGUGAAUCUGACCUGCAGCAGUGACGCCAAACCACCAGUUGAGAACUACACCUGGUUUAAGGUGGGUGAGUCCACUCCAGUAGGAUCAGGACAGCAGCACAGCAUCACUGACAUCAGAUCUGAGGAUGGAGGACAGUACUACUGUGAGGCCAGGAAUGAACAUGGAGCUGACAACUCCUCAGCUGUGUCCAUCACAGUUGCAGAUCUGGGAGACCAUAGUCCUGUAGUGUAUUCAAUAACAGGAUUCUCAGUCUGUGGAGCUGCUGGUCUGUUCUGUGUUCUGGUCUGGAUUAGGUUCCACAAGAGUAAUACAGGAGACAGCAAGAAAGAGCCCCAUGAUGCUGGAGAGACUGCAGGAGCUCAGGGGGACGACGUCCAGUACUCCAGCAUCCAGUUCAAAAAGGCCGGUGUUGAACAUGGUUCUCCUAACCAACCAGAGGGGGAGCUCUCUGUGAUCUACAGCAGUGUGGAGACUAGAGCCUAG